CUCCCUCUCUCUCUCUCUCUCUUUCCCAACCGAUAUAUAAUGGAGGGUAGGUUGGGGGUAAUCAAGGAGGCUAACGAGACCCACUUUCUGAGAGCGCAGAGGUGGGCCCGAAAUGAUGGGCAGCUAGCUCUUGGAUUUCUCUAUUUAUUCACCUUACCUUCCUCUCCUCCCUUAAUCCUUCUUCCCUAUCCUUCCCCUGUGUUGAGCACCAUCUGUUGAGGUCAAACGUACAUACCAGAUAGUAAAAACUUUCGAUCAGGCCAUGCGUUACUUUCACUCUAUCUUCUUCCUCCACUCACAGUACAUUAUAGCAUUGGUGGUUAUCAUCAUUCUGGAGUUUGUGGCUGCCAUUCUGGCUUUCGUGUUUGUGGACACCAUCAGCGAUGAAAUAAGGGAGAGAAUGGAAGACGCGGUCACUGACUAUCGUUUCAACGACACAUCUGAAGGCUACGAUGAAGACGUCAACAGUGCCGUGGACAACGUCCAAGAUACAUUCGAUUGUUGUGGAGUGGACAAUGCGACAGACUGGCAGCGUCUAAACCCGACGGUGUUCCGUCUCAACGAGAACGCGCCGCCACCGUCCUGUAUCUGCUCCGAUGAAGACGGAUGUAUAAGCUACGGAACGUUCAGAGCCUGGGAAGAUGGAUGUGCCCAGAAACUGGAAGACAAUUUGGAAGCAGUUGGCAUUGCAGUGGGUGUUAUCUCCAUUGUCUUUGUCGUUAUGCGAGGCGUGUGCUCUCGCUCUUCUAUGCGAAACCUUGCCAGACAACAAGAAGGCGAUGGCUGUACGAGUGGGUUUAUGAGUGUGGACAGAAUGGACGACUUGCUGGACAAUGAUGGCAGUUUGAUCCCUAGUGAGAACUAUCAGGGAAUAUUCCAGAAGUCGUUCACGUGCAGUGGCAGUAUUGAGGGCUGGGUGUUUGGAGCUCAGUGGGAGAGGAUGACAGAGAGUUUACUGAGCUACAGAUAUGGAGACCUACUGGGGAUCCAGGAGCCUACACUAAAUCAGCUGAGAUUGCGAUUUGAAGAUGGUGGACAAAGGAAAAAUCAAACUGGCUAUUUCUACAUUGGUUCGAGCCCUGCCAGUAACCUCUACCUACCUUGGGGAACAAUGUCUACCAGAUAUCAAAUACUUGUUAAUGCCAUCACAAAUUCUACAGAUUGUGUGAGAGGUUUUGUGAGUGUGGAGAGAAUAAGGCUACUUCUGGGUGUGGAUGGCACCUAUGGCAUCGAAUACAACAGUCAACGUCAGCAGAUCUCACCAGAGAUAAAGAUCACGUGUAAUGGGUUGAUUACCAAAUGGAUCGUUGGAGCUGAUUGGACUUCUAGUGCUAGUGCAUACCUCUAUCCUGAGCUUCAAGUCUGGAGAAAUGUUGGAAGUGACACAUAUCGGAAAAUAAGCGGAACUUACGUCUUUUUUCCUUUUAAUAUGAGAGCUAAUAGAAUUUAUGAAUACACCAAAUUUGCACCAAUACCAGUUGAAUCAGGGGAUGUUAUGGGAAUAUUUACACCCUCAUACUCCCCUUCCAGACUUCGUCUCUCAUCUGAGAAUGACAACAGUAACAAUCCCAAAGUCUACUACCGUUCUACUGACAGUUCCGCCACAUCAUCUCCUUAUGAAGAGCUAGACAGACAGAACAAUGAGCCUUCACUGUCAACAGCAUCCUAUUACCCCCUCGUGUCCGUGGAAAUAGUGAGAGCCCCUACCCCAGUACCAAUGAUUACACCACCAUCAUCUUGUAUUGGAGAACUGAAAAUUGAACAUUCCGUAACGCUCUCCAGUUCUGUAGGAAUUCAACUGCCGAAAGCCACCACAAUGAAACCAACACCUACACAAUCAACGGGGGCAACAGGAAAUGGAGUGUUUAUAAGUGUAGGUGUGAGUGUUUCUUUGAUCAUUGUGCUUUUAGCUGGAGCCAUCAUCCUUACAUCCGUGAUAGUUUGUCUGAGACGAAGGAUGAGGAAGCCGCCAACCACAACUGAAAAUGUUGCCUAUGGCAUAACUCCAGCAGACGAUCAGUUGAAAGGCAAUGUUGAAUACGCCUCUACUACAGCCGUUGGAGAGGGGAAUACUGGUGCAAGGGACGAGAGCAAAAUCCCUGUGACUGAUAACUAUGCGUAUGGACUGGCUCUAGGAGCUGUGACCACGGGCAUAGGGAUAUGGGGUCUGGUGGUGGGUAAAGAGGGAGACUAUGAUGUCAUCACCGGAGACAAUACUAUUUCGGCGGCAGCUGUUCUACUCUCUGCCGGGGCUAUCACUCUUGUCAUAGCUGCCGUCGGGAUCUGUGGAGCCUGGGGCAUGUGGAGACCUGUGCUCAUCGUAUACACAGUUGCAGUGCUGCUGGUCAUAAUUCUAGAGAUCACAGCUGCUGUCCUCGCAUUUGUCUACAGAAACGACAUUACUAAGGAAUUGAGGACCAACAUGAAGAGUGCUAUUGAGGAUUAUCGGGUCGAUAAGGAUGACCCUGACUACCAGAAAGACACCAACAAUGCCGUCGAAAAUGUCCAAGACGUGUUCAAAUGCUGUGGUCUGGACGGGAGCACCGACUGGUUUGACCUCAAUCAGCAAGCAGUUACCAACAACAACGGAAUUCCUCCCGGCGGCUGCUCAUGUGAUCUCAGCAACAGCAAAUGUGCAAAGUUUUCCAUCGGUACCAGAAUCACCUACAAUGCCUGGAAAGACGGAUGCAUAGCACUGAUGGAGAAGAACGUUAGAGCUGUGAUGCUGGUGAUUGGAGUCAUUGGAAUCGCAUUUGCCGUUAUUGAGGUGUUUGGUCUGCUGACUCUAGCUGUGGGAGUGUGGGGAGUUGUGAUAGCAGUGGACGGCAAUUAUGAGGCGUUAACAGGGGGCAACCUCAUUUCGGGAGCCGUGCUGCUUCUCGUGGCUGGAGCGAUCACGGUUUUCGUGUCUAUCAUUGGCUUCUGCGGCGCUGUUGGAAUGUGGAGAUCUUUUCUUGUCAUCUAUGCAGUGGCAGUGAUCGUUAUUGUCAUCAUAGAAAUAGUUGGAGCCAUACUUGCCUUUGUCUUCACCGAAGAAGCCAAUGAUGAAAUACGUGACAACAUGAUAAGAGCCAUACGUAACUACCGGUUCAACGACAACAGCACCGACUACGACACAACCACCAACUCUGCAGUCGAGACUGCUCAAGGAUUUUUCGAAUGCUGCGGUGUUGACAACUACACUGAUUGGCUAACACUGAAUCCAGAGGCCAUCGUUGAGAACUCAGUCAUAAUCCCGGCCCGCUGUUUCUGCGAUCGCGACCAACCUAACUGCAAUGUCGGAGUUGAAAUUGACGUGGUGGUGAAUGGCACGAGCUACCCAAACACCAUCAAUGUGUGGGACAGGGGAUGUCAAACACUCCUGGAAGACUAUCUGGAAGGCUCUAGCCUCAUCAACGGUGUGAUUGGCAUCGUUAUCGCCAUCAUAGAGAUAUCGUUUGCCGUGCUAGCCUUCUGUCUGUGCGGUGCCGUCCACAAACACCAGAAGAACAACUACGCCUAGAAAAACACUUGUAUAUACAUUGGAAUUGCUAUCUUUCUUAUACACCAGCUAAAAAACCAUAUUAUAUAGCUCCCUUUACCCAUCUACAGACACAUUUUUGUAUGAAAUAUCGACUUUGAUACGUUUCAGUGCACGC